AUGACGACGACGUUGAGGAGGAGGAGGAGGAGGAAGAAGAAGAAGAAGAAGAAGAAGAAGAAGAAGAAGAAGAAGAAGAAGAAGAAGAAGAAGAAGAAGAAGAAGAAGAAGAAGAAGAAGAAGAAUCCGCUCGUUGCAGCGGCUCCCGUUGGCGGCGGCGCCGUCGUAGCGGGCCAGCUGGUAGGGGAUACACCCGAUCUGCCCCACCGCCCCCACCGCCACCUUCCUCGCUCCAGUAUCGUACAGCGCCUUCGCCCACCCAAACAAAAAACAGUCACAACCCUAAUCCUAAAAACUCCCAACCCUGAAAACCCUAGCCCUAGCCCUAACCUUACCGUGAGCUGGCGGGUGUAGUCCUGGAUGAGGAGAGCGGCGUAGGUCUUGGGGUCGUAGUCGGCGCUGGUGGAGUAGGAAUCGGGCAUGAAGUAGUUGUUAAGGUAGUCGUUGCUGCCUAUGGCGGCGUAGAAGAUGCAGCGGCCGAGGAGCUCGUUGACGGCCGUCUGGUUCCCCCGGAGCAGCCGCCCAAUCUGCCGCACCGUCCCCCGGAACCUCUGCACCUGCUCUCCCAUGGGAAUGUGAGCUCCCUGCCACCCAAAAUCACCGGCAGUCAGUGGGAACCUGCAGGAAUAUGAUCAUGGAUAGCGAGAGAGGGCUCGUGAAAGUGAGCCAGAGUGUGUGUGUGUGUGUGUGUGUGUGUGUGUGUGAGAGAGAGAGAGAGAGAGAGAGGGCCGAUACAAUUUAACGUCCCGUUAGAGAAGUGAAAGAGCGCGAUUGAAGGGUCACCAGAUUGCUGCCGCUUUCCUCGCGGAUUCCGGAGGCGCCAGAGGCGUAGUUCAGCCCCCGGAGGAUGGCGGCCCCGCGGGUGCCCUCGUACGGCCGGAUGAAGCCCUGGAAGCCCAGUAGCUCAGCUGCAGGAGCGAAGAAAGUCAGCGUUUGAAACUACAUAUUCGUCGGGGAAAUACGUCAAAGUUGGCGAACAUCGUGCCCAGAAUGUCAACAGUGGUGCGGCCGUUGGUGAACCUCCCGGUGGCGCCGUCCGGGAAGUCAACGCCGUAGGGAAGAUAGUUGGCUCUGGCCAGCGUUAGAAUCCCGUUGUUGUUGCCGUUGUCGACCAGGGAGUCCCCGAAGAUGAAGAAGCACGGCACCUGGGGGGACUCCGUCGAGCAGGCAGCGAUUUCGAACGUCGCCAGCGCCAGAAGCGCCGCCGCCGCCGCUGCCGCAACGGUCAUGUUGCCGAGGAAUCCCAUUGUCCAGGAGAUCUUAGGAGUCGAUCGGUAGGAGAGGAGAGAUUUAUAUAGACUUUGGGGCUCCUCUUGGGUUCUUCCUCUUCCUCCAGUUUAAAUGGCUGCAGAGGGCGCGUGAAUGUGGGCCCGGUGGCUACAUGGGAGCUGCGGCGGCGGCGGCGGUGGUUCAUGGGGAGCACUCCGAUGGCGGUAGCUCGCCCGAGCGAUGCCCGUGGGACGUCACUUCUUUCCCUUUGUUUUCUCACUCCUUUACGGAUUGCAGAGGGAGAGAGAUGAGUACUCUCUCUCUCUCUCUCUCUCUCUCUCUCUCUCUCUCUCUCUCUCUCUCUCUCUCUAUCUCUAUCUAUCUAUCUGUCUAUCUGAUACAGUACAUAAUGAGGAGGGGCCGAGCUCCAUUGCAGUCUGGCUCAUAGCUUAUUUGCGGGGCGUUUCCCAGGGAUUGAAACCGUGGGGCCAGCCCGUUGACAAAUCUAGAUCUUGCAGGUGUGAAUUCGAAGAUGGUUCAGAGAAUUAUUCAAACAAAUAUUAAAAACUUCGCUUUGUAUAGAUAUGUUUGAACGUCUAUUUACUCACAUUUACCGGGCAAAGAUCACCGGCUUUGGAACAUCAGAAGGUUUUUUUCCCCAACGGAUUUUACUGUAUCUGAUUGCCAAGUACAACCCCGAGCCCUUUUAAACCAGAGGAAGGGUAGAGAGAGAGAGAGAGAGAGAGAGAGAGAGAAUCUUCGAAGGUAUUUUAUUCUCACCAAGACAUUAAUUACUGUGUAGAUUCAGACGAAACAUAAAGCUAACUCAAAUCUACGAUUAUUUCUACAAUAAGUAAAAAAAAAAAGAUUAUCAGUCAACGGGAGAGAGAGAAGAAUCAGCAUUACUGGAAUAUUACUGCUGCUCUGCCAUUUACGUUAGCAUGCACUCGAGCUCUGCCAAGGUAGGAAACACAAAAAUGGGAUACUUUCCCAAAAAAAGCAGGGGCGGGGGGAUCAUGAACACGUCAUGGAAGAGACAAAAAGCUCCCGCCUGCUUUCGAUGAAGCUCUGCCGGAACAUAUCAAACGUCCCGCACCCAAUCGCUCUCCUUAUCGAGCGGAAGAAGCCAAGGUAGUGGUGAGUAUUGUGUCUGCAUCCACACAGAAGAUGCCCAGAUCAUAGAAAGAGAGAGAGGGAAUGCGAGAGAGUGCGAGAGAGAGAGAGAGAGUGGAAGAGAGUGAGAGAGAGAAAGAGAGUGAGAGGGAGAGGGAGAAAGAGUGAGAAAGAGAGAGAAAGGGAGAGACAGACAGAGAGAGAGAGAGAGAGAGAAAGAGAGUGAGAGGGAGAGAGAGAAAGAGUGAGAAAGAGAGAGAAAGGGAGAGAGAGAAAGAGUGAGAAAGAGAGAGAAAGGGAGAGAGACAGACAGAGAGAGAGAGAGAGGGGGGGAGAGAGACAGAGAGGGAGAGAGACAGAGCGAGAGAGAGAGAGAGAGAAAGAGACAGACAGAAAGUGAGAGAGAGAGAGUGAGAGAGAGAAAGAGAGGGAGAGAGAGAGUGAGAAAGAGAGAGAGAGAGUGAGAGAGAGAAAGAGAGGGAGAGAGAGAGUGAGAAAGAGAGAGAGAGAGUGAGAGAGAGAAAGAGAGGGAGAGGGAAAGAGAGGGAGAGAGAGAGUGAGAAAGAGAGAGAGAGAGGGAGGGAGACAGAGAGAAUGAGAGGGAAAGAGAGAAAGAGACAGACAAAGACAGAAAGUGAGAGAGACAGAGAGAGUGAGAGGGAAAGAGAGAGUUAGAAAGAGAGAGAGAGAGGGAGAGAGACAGAGAGAGUGAGAAAGAGAGAGAGAGAGAGGGAGAGAGACAGAGAGUGAGAGGGAAAGAGAGAGUGAGAAAGAGAGAGAGAGAGGGAGAGAGACAGAGAGAGUAAGAAAGAGAGGGAGAGAGAGUGAGAGAGGAGAAAGAGAGAGAGAGGGAGAGAGACAAAGAGAGUGAGAGGGAAAGAGAGAGGAGAAAGAGAGGGAAAGAGAGGAGAGAGAGAAAGAAAAGAGAGGGAGAGAGAGAGAGAGGAGAGAGGCAAAGAGAGUGAGAAAGAGAGAGAGAGGGAGAGAGACAGAGAGAGUGAGAGGGAAAGAGAGAGUGAGAAAGAGAGAGAGAGAGGGAGAGAGACAGAGAGAAUGAGAGGGAAAGAGAGAGUAAGAAAGAGAGGGAGAGAGAGAGUGAGAAAGAGAGGGAGAGAGAGUGAGAAAGAGAGAGAGAGGGAGAGAGGCAAAGAGAGUGAGAAAGAGAGAGAGAGAGGGAGAGAGACAGAGAGAGUGAGAGGGAAAGAGAGUGAGAAAGAGAGAGAGAGAGGGAGAGAGAGAGAGAGACAGACAGACAGACAGACACAGAGAGUGUGUGUGUGUGUGUGUGUGAGAGAGAGAGAGAUAGAGAGUGAGAGAGAGAGAGAAUUCACGUCCUUACAUCUCAAGGAGGAUCUGGGCCAGCAUCUCGUGGACAUUGAGAAGAUGAUUAAGGUAGGCCCGUGUGUGGUUCCGACAGGUGAAGCAGCCACAGCCCUCCAAGAUCGGAGACUUGUCCUUCCUGAAGCAAAAAAACUUACUCGGUGGAGACAUGGUAGCCGGAAUCGGAUCAGCCGGCCAGGCUGACAACUGCUGACGCCAGCCAACCCAGUCCUCGAAGAUGAAGAAAAAACAUACAGACCUGUAAAUUGUAGAACUUAGAUUUAUCUUUGUGCCGUCGUUGACUGCACUGCUCGGCGGGAAGUCAAAAGGGCUUCUCCGAGAUUUGUCAACGGUGUCGAGGGGGAAGACGAGAGCAAGCCCUCCAAGUGUAAGAUGGUAAAUAUACCUGAAAAUGGGGCCAAAAUUCAACCCGGGAUCUGAAAAUCAUGGAAAGUGACAAGAACGAGGAAAAUUUAGAAGAACAAUACAUACGUGGAGUCAAAAAGAUCAAUCCCUGCAGCCACACCCUCCAAGAUUUCCUCUGAAAAAGAGGAAGAGAGAUUAAAAUAUCAUUUAUUUAUCAUGAUGAUGCAGGUUACUGUUUUAGAUAGCCAUGGAAUGGUAUGGGUGGGUUGAUUGAUCUAAUAAAGUUGGUUCAUUGGUAGAUAUAUUUCAAGGAAAAAAAAAAUCUAAUCAACUAGAACAGUUCUUUGUAGAAUCUGACGAAACGGGCACACAAAAAAGAAGGAAAAAGCACCUUAAUUGGUGUCUGCAAACGCUGAUCAUGGUAACUUUACCUGGGAGACCAAGUCCAGAAACAUACCGCAGUUUCUCCUCCGGCAAAUUAUCCUGAAAAUUUAGCUUCGAGAUUUAGUACAGUUUAUUUUUCGUUUAGAUUCAAUAUUAAUAUAGUUGUUUGGAAUCACAUUGUGUUUCUAGUUAAGGACAAGCAGGAAACAAUUAGUCCGCCAAAAUCACAUAUGUUAAAUAGGAGAAAUUAUAAUAGACGCCAGUAUAUUUUCAUAUAUCCCAUUUCUAGGUUAAUGCAAGGAAAAAAAAUCAGUUCAGUGUUCUUCACAUAAUUCGAAAUUACUCAAUGUUUCCUUGAAUUUAGUGAACAGAUUUAGGUAAUAUAUUCUGAUCUUGGAAAGUAUUUUUUUUCAGAUGAACUGAGACAGCAGUUGAGAAUAAUCAGCAUCUUAAUGGCCUAUUAAAACCCUCCAUUAAUUCGACUAGGUUAACAGAAAAAAAUUAUGUUGAUGUGAUUGUUUUUUUUUUCAUUUUUAGGAAGAGCAGUUCAGAAUGAUCCCAUCUCCUCAUCUUCUUUCCUAUGAAACUUCAAGAUAUUUAUUAAUUCAGCUGAUGAUGUACGUCAUUUUAAGCAGGAUGAGGAGAUCAAUGCGCCAUCAGGUAGUCUCAUAGUUUAGAAGUCCUACCACAACUGCAUUAAGGAGAGCAGGACGCUCUUCCAUGCUUUCUCCAAGACCAAAGCCUCCAAUCCAAUAACCUGAAUCAAAGUUCGUGGUAGAAGAUCAAUUAUAACAGACAGAUAAAUCAAAUGCUCCCUUGGAUCCAAAACGAUAUCUGUUGACGAGGAGAGUGAGUGAGAGAGAGAGAGAGGGAGAGAGGGAGAGAGGGGGAGAGAGAGACACACACACACACAGAGAGGGAGAGAGAGAGAGGUGAGAGAGAGAGGGGCUCCCCUCUUCCCCCUCUGGCUGAUUUUUUUGUUGACCAAAUUAAUUGAUCACGGCUAGAGGCAGAGCUACCACCCAGUGCUGGAGGGGAGGGAGCGAGGGAGACAGAAAGAGAGAGAGAGAGAAAGAGAGAGAGAGAAAGAUAGUAUUACUUCGGACUAGGCUGCCGAGGAUUGUAGCUUCAAUAUUAGAUCAAGUGUUCCUCAUCUCAUAGGUCAACAAAAAUAACUAAAUAAAUGACAGAUUAAAAAUAAUAAUACUUGAUUUACUAAUUCUGACCAAGAUAACAAGUGCAGUUCACAGAUCAAACGUGAACCCAGUUUUCAGUCGUUUGCUCACAGGGAAACAAACCCACAAGCCUCAUCAAAUUGUUCUCCCUCUCUUUCACCGCAAUAAGUGGAGAAGCCCACUGAUCUGUGACCGAAGUAGCAUAAGGACUAUAUUCCAAGUACAUUAUGACCAAAGGUAAAAUUUAAAAAAGGCAAAAAGUAUUUAUCUACAGACAUCAGAAAUAAAUAUCAUGAGUUUUAUUCCAUAGAAAAUAAAAAGACCAUGCAAUUGAUCAGAAAAUGCCCAGCAUGGUCCUAAGAAUCCUGAUAAAUAACCUGAGACAUUUCUUUUCGCCACUUCUUUAGCACACCGACUGCGUUCUUCUAAACUGGAUCCUCCAACAACUGCUCCCAAGAUCGCCUCUCCACCUGACUGAAUUUCAUAAGAUGGAUAUGGUUUCAGAACGUUGCCUUGAGAAGGCAUCUUGCACCGCUCGGGAGAGCAGUGGGCAUCAGGUAGAACAGCUGUUGGAAAAAAUCAUGGGAUGGGCUCUAAAAGAUCAUCCUGAUACGAUGACAGGAGUAUAGGAAUUCACAAAUCGCGAGCUAAAAACAAAGGAAAAAAUAGGAAAUUCACAAGAUCAUGUGGAUAUUUCCCAGAAUCACAAUAUCAAAACAGGCUAGAUACGGCAUCCAAACUGACUCUAGCUUUAAUGCUUUCGGUCAUCAAUGAAAUGGAAAACAUUAAAACAAGAUUAUUUUAGGUUAAUGAUAUGAGAUUGUGAAGAGGAGGGAGUGAUAGUCAAACUAGCACUAACUCAAGAAAACAGUAAAGAGAAUUGCCAUACACAUAAUUUCCACACUAGAUAGAUAGGUAGAUAGAUAGAUAGGUAGAUAGAUAGAUAGGUAGAUAGAUAGAUAGAUAGAUAGAUACAUAGAUAGAGAGAUAGAUAGAUAGAUAGAUAGAUAGAUAGAUAGAUAGAUAGAUAGAUAGAUAGAUAGAUAGAUAGAUAGAUAGAUAGAUAGAUAGAUAGAUAGAUAGAUAGAUAGAUAGAUAGAUAAAUAGAUGAACAGACCAGGUCUAGGGCAAUGCACUCAUCGAGCCAACGAAUUGUUCUUUCCACUGAAGCUUUAUUCCGCUUCUCAACAGCCCAGGCAGGCACCUCAUCUGCCAGAGUGGCCCAAAGAUUUGGCUUCAACGAAGAAAUAAUCUCCAUGUAUUUUUCUGGUCUUACCUUCAUCGGAAGACAACAUGAAAGCGAUGAGGAAUUUAUCUCCAAAGGAUCAGAGUAAUAGGAACAUCCGCCGAAAAUAAUUGUCUAUCAAGGACAGGGUAGAGAUGAUAGGAGUACCAAUAGGCGACCACUGGGUGUCUCAAACGACGCUCCAAGCUUGUUUGUACCUUCGAUCACAGGAAGAGAAUCGAUAGAAUCUCUACCUACGGAGACGAAGAGAUGCUCAGGCAACCCAAGCAUCUGACGCAGCCCCCCCAUGCUCGAAAUGGUUCUUGAUGAAGGGCAUUCCAUGCUGCAAACCACAAGAAACGAAUCAUAAGGAAAGAUAGAAACUAUUUUUGCGGACGAUUUUUUUUAGGAUGAAGAACUCAGAAUCGGCGUGGAUUUUCUUGAAAAACUCUGCCAACUCUCUGAUUUUGUUUUCGCGAGAUUCGCGCUAGAAACAGAGAGAGAGAGAGUGAUUGAGGAGAGCUGUCCAUUGGGAACUACGCCACUAAGUAUGUAGGUGUGGCUGUAGAUUUCACUCUGGAAUUUUCUCUCAGGCCCUCGAAUCCGACGAACAUCCGACGGUCGUGUAUAAACUACAGCACGGACCAUGAGGAGGACACGCGAUGGACUCACAAGUGGAGAGGGCUGACGUGAAGGAGGCGCGAGUCCGGGAGCGGUAGAGCCUGGAGGAGGUCAGGAGUGAUGAAGGAGGGCAGCCCCUUCCUCGUUGAGAGGAGGAGGGCGGGCGUCUCCACAGAAUGCUGGAAGCUCCCCCAGCCUUGCAGGACUCCCGCUCUAGCCUUUCCGUUCCCCCCGCCGGAGGUUGCUUUCACUGCGAACCUCAUCUCUCUCUCUCUCUCUCUCCCGCUCACUUCCUCCCUCCCUCUCUCUCCCCUCACUCCCUCCCUCUCUAACUCUCUCUCUCCUCCCGCCCUCCCUCUCUCUCUCUCUCUCCCCUCACUCCCUCCCUCCCCCUCUCUCUCUCUCUCCUCUCGCUCCUUCCCGGUUCAAACCAAUUUGGGCUGUCCAGGCCCAUACUCGUCACCCCAGCCCAAAGUAUGGGAAAAUGGGCCAAACAUAGGCCGGUUUCUAGUCCCGCCCGGCUCGAUCUUCUUAUGAAAUGCGUUCAACGGCUGAAAAUAUUUGGCCGGGCCUGGGCCUCUCUCCUGGGCCCAGGAAAGCCCACUAGGGCCGGCCUUUAGGCUAAUGGAUCCAAUAGGGUGACCAGCUAUUCAGAUCGUUCCGGCGUCGGAACAAGUGGACCUUCAAGAGCCUUUCUUAUCGGGUCCAUAUAACGUACGAUCGGGAUUGAUCCGGAUCUAGACGGUUCUUGACGGAUUCGAAUCUGGAUGGCAGUUAUUUCUGCUACCCGCAGUGGAUCCAAACCACCUGGAGACAGCUGGAGACAGCCUGUCACCAACCCAGUACUCCGCCCCUCUGUCUCUCUCUCUCUCUCUAUCUCUCUCAGCCUCUCUCUUUCUCUCUCUAUCUCUCUCUGUUCUGGUUUGUGCUUUUCUUCAACUCCGAGAGAGCGUACGUAGAGGGAGAGGGAGAGAGGGCGAGGGAGAGGGAGAGAGAGAGAGAGAGGAUCGAUCUCCUUGAAAAGGUUGGUACGGUUUAUCUCUGGAGCCGUGCGAUCGAGGGAGUGAGUCUGGAGUGUGGAGGAGGGGGCGAGUUGGCUUGGUUUCCGCAGGAUUUGGUUGCGAGGACCUAGGGUUUUAAGACACGGUCGCGCGAGAAUGCCGGCGGCGGAGGGGAUCUCUCGACGAGGUAUUUGCUUCCGUUGCGUGCUUUCUUCACCACCUUGUCUAGAUUUUUCAGUUUGUCGGGUCGUGCUUGUGAUUGAUCUGAUUUGAGAGGCCGGUGGUUUAUCUGUUCUUUCCGGUCGCGUGAAUGGAGUACUUCUACGUGGGAAUUGUCUGUAGUCUUCUGACGCAAUCCUGUGUCGAGUUUUCCGUUUCGCUGAAUCAAGCAUCAUGGUCUGCAGUCUGUUCUUGCUCCAUUUUUUGCCAACUUUUGUGGAAUGAAAGGCCAGGGUGUCCUCCCAAAAUUGAUUCCGUGCUUUCCCGAUUGGGCCUCCACAGCAGCCACAACCUACCGACGAUCUGUAUACUUCCAACGCUGGUUGUGAAGUUUUAGAAUGAAGUGUGCUAUUCGAAUGAGUUGGGAUCUUCCUAGAGCGGGCUGUGUGACAUGGCCGACUAUGAGAGUUCAUCCCGGCUGUCCUCUUUCCUUGACCUCAUGUAUUCUGAAUCAUAUUUCACUCGGUAUUGUGUCCAAGAGCCAGCCUAUUAUCUUCUAGUAUCAGUUUUCUUUUCAUCUGGUUCAUUAUAAUUUAUUUUUAAAAAACAUGGGAUUAGUCUUCUGGUUACCAUUCCUGACUUUCUAGGCUGUGAUCCUUGCGUGGCGUUAUGUCACUUUUCCUUCUAUUUUGCUAAUUUCUAGCUUUACAUUUAUUUAUUUUCGUCAAGACGUUGGACUGGUCUUCUGGUCAGUUGAUAGCCUUCUCUGACUUUAUCUCUGCUGACUCUUUCUAGAUGAUCUUUGAAGAACAGAGCCCGCCCUCUGCGAUCCCUCACCCCUGCUUCUCUGGUUUGAACCCCUCCGCCAGCAUGCCUCGUAUAAAUUUUAUGGGGUCCUAGUAAAGCAGCCGCCUUUGGAAGAUAAGCCGUCCGGAGGUCCUUCUUACAGCGGCGGGGGGGCGCUUGGCAUGGAUGCUGGAGAAGAGCAUGCGAAGAACCUGUGCUUCAGGUGAUGCCCCAGACCGGAUUCACCGCCGAUGCUUUCGGUGCGGUCACCAUCGCCCUGGUCUCUCUCUUCCUGGUCCUCGCCCUGCUCAGCGUCCUCUACUCCGUGCACUUCCGCCUGCAAAUCCAGAAGCGAAGCCUUCUUCAGCUCGGGUACUUCAAUGGACCUUGGGCCACCAGGAUCGCCUUCACCUCGGUCGCUGUUUGGUGGAGCAUCUGGGAGAUCAUCCGGCUGAGCCUGCUCAGAGGUAGCGGGAGGCCCUUCGCCAGCCCGCCAUGGCAGAAUCACGCCUGCAAGUUCUACAUACUCUCAAACAUUGGGUUUGCAGAGCCCACCAUGCUGCUCAUGCUGGUGUUCCUCCUCCGGGCCUCUCUGCAGAAGAGGGAGCUGGGUGCGCUGAGCCACCAUUGGAACGGGAGGGCCAUCGGCAGGGCCCUCUUCCUCUCCCUCCCCGUCUUCCUCCUGCAGCUCAUGGUCGUCUUCCUCGGGCCCAAGCUUCUUAACCGGGAGACGAACCACCACAUCAAGCUGGCGAGCUAUUUCUGGAGUGCCUGGUGCGCGACGGAGGACGGCGGCGCCGCCUGCACCUACCCUCUCUUCAGCACUCUACUGCUCGGGCUCCUCGACCUGGCACUGCUCGGUUACGCCUCCUACGCCGGUGCUCGAAUUGUAUCCCUGGCGAUCAACAGGAGACUCCGGCGGCGGGUCUGCAUUCUGAUCCUCUCGGUUGACUUUUUAAUCCUGCUACGGGUCGUCUUCCUCGGCCUCUCGAUCCUGGCGGCGCCCGGCGGCCUGCCCUUCGAGGCUCUCGUGUUCUUGGCCUUCCUGACGCAGCUACUCUGUGCCGCGGCGGGCGUGUCCGUGCUGGUCUUCUUCCCGGUAGCGGAUUCCCUGGCGCUGAGAGGGGCCCUGCAUUUUGACAUUGGAGAGACGCCCUUCGACGACUAUUACAGCGAUGGCGCCUCUCUCAUCUCCAAUAACCAAAGCCUCCGGCUGGAGCCUGGAAGAAGAAGCUCGGAUGUGUCUACCAAGCGGGGCUCGAUAUCUUUCAGGACGAUGAUCAGAGUGGAGCUUGCGGCUGGAUGUGACUCCGACAACCCCAGCGCCGCAUCGCCGCUGUACCCUCCCACCAGCUAAGACCUUGGAACCUCCACCUCUCCUCUGUCGUCAUUCUUCUUCUUCCUCUUCCUUCUCCCGAUCUUCCCCUGCCCCUCAUCUGAUUUGCAGAAAGGAGGAGGGCCCUCUCUCUUGUAGAAAUUGUUUUUUUUUUUUUUGUUAACCGUUUAAGGCAAGGUUUUCACUGUUCCAGCUGAUUUUCGUUGCGUGAUGCUGCUUAUAAGAAUAUCAACCAGGGUGGGAUGGGGAGGAGUGAAGAAGGGGAAAUUUCUGAAGGAAAGUUUGGGGGAGAACCACUAGAGUAUCAUAGCGUUGCUGUCGGAUAGUUGACUAUCUCCGAAAUGGCUCACUUUCCUGGAGUUUGAUUGGUCAAAGCUCCCAGCUCAUUACGUGUUUGACAGAUAUUGGGAUGGCGGCGGGUGGGGUCGGUUCUGCCUUGCCGUCCUUGACUUCCUCUGGGGGUUAAUCUUGACAGCUCAAAGAGAAGAUCUUUUUGACAGCACAUACUCUCUCUCUCUCUCUCUCUCUCUCUCUCUCUCUCUCUCUCUCUCUCUCUCUCUCUCUCUCUCUUCUGGGUGGCAAGGAUCAGGUUUGACUUGGUAAUGGCUGGGCCUUGCCUGGCCCAGAAAUCUCACCACCGCGGCCGAUUUUGACGUAUUCGAUCCGCCGAUUUAAUCCCUUGAAGCUCAUAGAUUUUCGAAUUGACCUUGAAUUGGGUCCUCUCUCUCUCUCUCUCUUCUCUCUCUUGUGUGCUCGGACUGUUGACUUCUGGGGGAACGAUCUGUCAAGUCAAACUUGAAAUAUGAGGCGGAGACCACCAUGGAUCCGCCGCCGGUUAAUAUCGGGCACGGCUCUCCAAACGGGUCUCUGUCCCCGAGUUUAUUCCUGAUUUAUUUUGUACACUUGAUUCUCUCCGACCAAGUGGCUGGAGCCGCUUAAUAUAUGCAUUUCCAGGAGAGAGAAUCUUCACUGUAUCAGAUCCGGCGGCCGAGAGAAUCUUGCACUCUAUCAUACGCCUCUCUCUCUCUCUCUAACUCUCUCCUACCUGUGCGCGACCCAUUUGGUGGGGUAUGGUGUCUGGAGGAGAGUCGCAAGGCAUGAGAAUGGGCAGCCCCGGCCGAGUCUUUCUUUCUGGGAAUCAUAAGCUCAAGUUUAUCAUCUACUUGGUAGUAAAAAUAAUAAUAAUAAUUCGGUUCAUUACUCGCCUCACCGACUAACCAUCAUCUUCGUGGACCCUCCGAUGGGCCACGUCUCUCUCUCUCUCUCUCUCUCUCUCUCUCAAUCUCACUCACAUUUAAGAGGACAGAGCAAAAUCGACUCAUUGGAACCCGUCAGAAUAAACUGUACAGGGAGGAUUUUCCAUUAGACCGACUCGGUCAGCCUCCUACAAAACCCUAAGCAGUUCAGUGGCACGCCCUAGAGAGAGAGAGAGAGAGAGAGAGAGAGAGAGAGAGAGAGAGUUGUUGGGCUUCUAAAUUGAUCUGAAAUAGGAUUAUACCCGUUGACUUUUUCCUCCAGGACUUUGUAAAAGAUGCGAGGCUCUGGCUGGACUUCGUAGGCACUACCACAUACCGGCGCAUCAUCAGAUAGCCCAAGGGGACAUUGAACAGAGAGAGAGAGAUUUGGGCUUCUAAAUUGAUCCGAAAUAGGAUUAUAACCGUUGACUUUUCUCCAGGGCUUUGUAAAAAAUGCGAGGCUCUGGCUAGGCUUGGUAGGCACAAGCACAUACCGGCUCAUGGCCAGAUAGCCCAAGGGGACAUUGAAGAGAGAGAGAGAGAGAGAGAGAGAGAGAGAGAGAGAGAGAGAGAGAGAGAGAGAGAGAAACCCGCUCCUUCCAUUCCCCAGGUGGCCGCCACCCGCAUUAUGAAGCUCCGGCCGAUGUUCCUCAGAUCGGGUGCCUACUCGAUGUCCUUCAUGGCAUCCUGCAUGGAACAGGGAGAUGAUCAUGUAGAUUCGAGAUAAAUUCAGCAAAGGGCUCGACAUAUUAGGCGAGGAUUCCACGAAGAAUGGGUGGUCAAACCAUUCACCAGCCCUGAGGUUUUUCCUCAGAUGGGCUAGAAACAAUCUUGCCCACAACCUAAACCCGUCAUCAUCUCCAAACCCCGCUCCCAGAUCCACAUGAACCCUAAUCGCCUCUGUAUACCCAAAAAGGCAUCAUUUUUUUCGGGGGCAUGAAACUUCAAAGGAGAUCGACAUCCAGCAGUCUACUCAGAGAUCUCGGCCAAACAUCAGCUGGGUGGGUAUGAAAUGAUGUGCUGGAGGGUGGGGAAGGGGAAUGAAAGCAGGAAAGAAGAUAGAUGAGAGGGGGACAAUAGAAAGGUACUCAUUUAGGCAGUACCUUGGCGAGCCGUGUAACAUAUGAUGCAGCCAACGCCGUGGCCAGGAGACCGAGGCCUAAUGUGAUCAACUGGCCGUUGCUUCCUGGUAAGCCUCCAGAUGAUUCUUCCUGCUGCAAAACAGAAGUGCAGUACGAUUGGUGA